GGAAAACCCAAUGAAUGCCAUGAUAACAUAUGGACAAAUAGUCCUAUAAACGUUUUACACACUGGGAAACUAUAAAUAAUUCAUUGAACCUCUCGCGUGUCGGGUGGCUGUAGUGUAAUGUAGUUUUACUAGUGUUGUCAAGGAAGCUUCGUGACUUUUUCGGAAUACAUUAACUCAUUAAGAAUAAGUACUGCAUUUAAACACAUUUGCUUUGGGUAUAAAAUCGACCAAGCCACGAUGUGUGAUCACUCAAGACCAACUGUUCCUAACCCAGAUCUUGAGGUAGAGGAAACUCUUCGUCGUCUUACAUCAGUUCCUAUCAGCAGGCACACAAGCCUACCGUCGGGUGAUCAAGACCUCAGUGGUAGAAAAGGAAUACCGUUACACGCUUCACUUUGCUCCAACUCCACCAAAAUCCGGUCAUUUUCUGUAGAUUCAUACAGAUCAAAGAACUUAUAUGACUCUAGUAAUUCAAAUAACACAAAAGAUUAUAACAGCUACCACAAUCACCCAUUAACAUUAAACGGAGACAUGACGGGAUCAAAACUUUGUAGCAAAAACAAAACUGUUAAUGAAGAUGAUUCAGCUAUUCCAAUAGAAGAUAAAGAGGAAUUGCCGUUAGAAAAAGAGAAAUAUAAUGAUGAUUUUAUUGCAAAGGAAAUGGCGGCACAGUACAAAAAAAUAAUAGAGCAUUUAGGAGAAGACCCAUCCAGACAAGGUCUUUUGAAAACCCCAGAAAGAGCAGCCAAGGCUAUGAUGUUUUUUACAAAGGGCUAUAAGGAGAAUAUUGCAGAUGUGCUCAACGAUGCCGUGUUUGAUGAGAACCAUGAUGAAGUUGUCAUAGUCAAGGACAUCGAGAUGUUUUCUCUGUGUGAACAUCAUCUGGUCCCAUUCAUGGGGAAGGUGCAUAUUGGAUAUCUGCCAAACAAUAAAAUUCUAGGCCUUAGUAAAUUAGCAAGAAUUGUUGAAGUCUACAGCAGACGUCUCCAGGUCCAAGAACGCCUAACUAAACAGAUUGCCUUAGCCAUCACAGAAGCCAUACAGCCCUCAGGGGUGGGCGUGGUUAUAGAAGCCAGCCACAUGUGUAUGGUGAUGAGAGGUGUACAGAAACUCAACAGUAAGACCAUCACAAGCACAAUGCUGGGGGUCUUUAGAGAUGACCCCAAGACGAGAGAAGAAUUUCUGUCUUUGACUCUAGCCAAGUAGCUGUCACCAUUUGAUCUGGCAACAGUGUAGCAUUAGAUAGCUAGAAAGGGCUGUAAAAGUUUAUUGUAAUCUCAUCAAAGUAUUUCUAGCAAGUUUAGGGAACAUUAGUUAUCUGUGGUGGUGGUUUUGUUGGUUUUUGUUUUAUAAAAGACUCGUACAUUUUUUUUUUUUUGCAUUUAUUGUUCAAUUAACUUUACCGGUAUUUGUGUAUAAAAUUCAUGGGACUCAUAAUCAAAUAAUUAAAUUCAUAUCAUAAUUUUACAUUUUUUUUUUUUUGCUUUUUGUUGGCUGAAAAUAACUUGUAUUUUUUAUUUCAUAAUUUUACUAAUUUAAAAAAAAAAUAAUGUUUGAAGUAAAAAACUUUCUAAAUUUAUUCAAAUAUCCUGUAUACAAAAUAAAAAUUCUCUUAAAUUUUUUACUUUUUAAUCUGUCAUUACAAGUAAAAAUAGUCAAACUUGGCCAGAAAGUGUAUUUAAUGAAAUGUUGUGUUCUUUUUAUUUUGUGUAUUAUUUUUGCUUCACUGCUGCAAAUUAAACAUGAGCUUUAUGAUGAAACAGCAUUUAUGCCAUCUUAAUAUUUAUAAGCCCUAGUUGUUUUAGUGAGUUGACACUGUUAAAAUCAAACAUUAAGCUUGUAUUAAGCAUGUAGUAAGCAAUAUACUGGUAAAGUUUGAUGAGCUUUACUCACUUUAAAAGCUGUAGGGUAAAUCAAAAAGCUAUUUAUAUCUUCAUUUAUGUCUCAUUUGUGUGAUUAACUUGAAGCAUAAUAAAUAUUCAUGUACUUUAUUCAAAAUGUUUAUUUUCUAUUUAAUUAUUCAUUAUUCUUUAUACAUUCCUUGAAAACAUUCAUUUACAAAGUUCACUUUGUGAUAAAAGGUUGCCCAGUGCUAAAUAUAAUUUACAAAUAUUAUUCAAAGAAAAUCUCAUAUUUAACUUUUUCACCAUUUUCAGAUCUUUUAUUCAAAUUUUGAACUGAUUAUAGAGGUUCAAACCAGUUGUUUUGUUGUGUUCAAUCAAAAACUUUGUUUAAUAACACUCAAAAUUUUGAUGUUGGUGUUGCAUCAAAAUUAACAUUCCAUUCCAUUAUUAUAUUUUAAAUAAAAGAAUUUUUUUCAUUAGAUUUUUAAAAAUGUCCACUUUUAUUUUCAAACUGUUUGCUAUUAUGAAGCAAAUUAUAAUGUAACACAUUUUGAACCAGAGUAAUUUCUUUCUAUUAUUUACAAAAUGUACUAUAUAUAAUAUGUUUAUGACACUGAAAAGAUGUAUUUAUCUUCUAUUAUUCAAUAAAGACAUUUUUAAUAUAACCUCAACAUAUCUCAAGCACAUCUGUGAAAAAAAAAAUUUAAAGUGUAAUUCUAUUGGUAUUGAAGAUACAUAGGUGAUAGAUACUGUUUGUGUAGUGAACUAGACUGCUUUUUAUACCUUCUGCUUCCUUUCAUGUUAGAUGUAUUAACAUGUCAUGGAUACAUACACAUUCAUAUUGCUGUUGUAUAUUAAAGUGAUUGGACUUGGAUAAUUGACACAAAAUGAUCAUUGAAUUAGACAUCCUUUAUUGUGUAAUGUGUCAAAUGUGUGCCUAUACAGCUAUGUUCCCUGGAUUGUAUGUAGCAAAUCUAUUGAUGUUAACAUAUGAUUUAUUGUUUGAGAUGUAUACAUUUUGAGCUCUUAACUAAUAUUAGGUGUACCAAUGUGUACAUGAAAUUUUACAGUCAACGAUCUAAUGUACACAAUAGGUUCAUUCUUAUAUAUAACAUGCUGCACUUAUACAUUACUUCAUUAGAAAAAAAAAGU